UCAAAACAUCAUGGCGACAGCUGUGAUAUUAAAUGCAAGGAAAUUUUCCCCGGAUCUUCAAUGCAAACGUCAUGUAGCAUCAUCAAGGGAGAAAGAAAAUCAUCUUCAUGAAACCUAAAACUUUAAGAAAAUCACGAUUAGCCGGAGCUGUCGCUGUGGAAGGCUCUAGAGCUCGAAGAAGUCAAGCGAACUCGAUAAAGCUUCACGGGUCUGUAAAGAAAAUUGUUGUUUGGAUUAGACGGCAUUCGGUAGAUUGUGAGCGGUUGAGACAUUCUCCUCGAUUUGGACGAAUUUUCACUUCCUUAUUAGAUUAUUUUCAUCAUGCCAAAGAAAGAAGAAAGCUUAAAAUGGGCGUGCAAGUAUUGCACGUACUUUAAUUGGCCCUGUUCUGUAAAAUGUACUUUGUGCCGUGCACCAAGACCGCCUCGAGUUAUCACGCAAGAAGCAAGCAGAACAACAAAUGUAUCAGAGGAUAUUUACGAGGCUGCUAGUAGCGACAGGAUAAUUUCAACUGACCCGAUAAUUUGCUCGUCGAGCGACAACAAAAGCUUGUCACCACGACUAACCGAACAGACAGAAGACAACUCGAAAUGGACCUGUGCUUGUUGUACGUACGAAAAUUGGCCAAGGUCCCUUCACUGCGUGAUGUGCCGAGCUUCAAAACAAAAAUCAGGCAAGAACGGUAGGUACACAGAGUCUGGAAAUGGAAACAGGGAUGCUUCGUCGAAAAGUGUGUCUCCGAAGUCACCUCGUUCUGUUGGUAACAAUGGUAGGUUAGACUCCAAAACAAUCAACAAUGACAAAAACCGCGCGCUGUUGAAAAUUCACAAGUGGACUUGUCCGCAGUGUACGUACGAGAACUGGCCAAAAACUACGAAGUGCGUCCUUUGCAAGUGUUUGAAACCGGCCAAAAUAAAACAAGAAGAAGCUGUAAAGAACACGCUGCAAGACAAUAACCCAAAAAGACCAUCCACGUCGAAAAAGAGAUCGCCUACUUCAUCUGUCAGUGAAGCCACUUUAGAAAUCCAGCCAAGCAGUCAGAUUGGCGAAACGAUAAUUUAUGACAUUCCAGCCUCGGAUGAUGUUAAUGAUAAUGAAGAAGUUCUCCAAAUCCGAAAUUGUUUAAAGGACUCUGACUGGCUGUGGUUGAGUGCUUGUAUAGGUGUUGUUGAAGGUGAUACGGCUUCUGUAGAGAGCUAUUUAAACUCGGGUAACGAUCUUUCCAGACAAUUGACAAGAGAAGAUUGUCUGGUGCUAAACCGACCUGGAGUGUUUGAAGUGGGGCACACAUUAGUACAUUUGGCCUUUAAAUUUAAAAGAGAGGAGCUCAUGACAAUUUUGCUCACUCCAGAAGUGACAAGCCAUCAUUUAAGACGUGUCCCCUGCAUUGCAUGCCCUGAACUUGCUGCAGACAUUAGGAAACAGAUGGGUCACACCAUGAGGCAACGUAAAGGAGAUUGGCGUUGUUACUUCUUCACCGAUCAGGUUACAUUUGUUCUACCAGCAGGUGAGAAUUUUAACCAAAAUUAUUGUAAUUUUGAACACCUUGUAAACUAUCAGCUUUUUAACUCUUCAACUCUCAGACAUGAUGAAUAUCUCUAGUGUUAUAAAUAGCAACAUGUAAAAUCUCUACCCUGUCACCUGAUAAAGAUUAGUAGUAUAGCAGUCAAAACAUUACAAUCAGUAAAAUUCAUGUACAUUGUGAGACAAACAAUGAAAUGAUUCUUUUAUGUACAAAACCACAAGUAACAACAUUUUCUAUAACAUAUCCAACUUUUCUUUACAAUUUUAAUGCAUGAAAACAAGAAGACCUGUUAGCUUGAGGAUGUGCAUCUUGAAAAGAACCAAAUGAUCCCGCCCAAUUUAGUAUGAGAUAUCUAUUAGCUGGAAAGGAGAAUUAACAAUCAGAUCGAGGGAGAUGAUGGGUUAAAAUUAAAGCUUUUCACACAGAAGAAGAAUUUUUGUUCGAAAAGAAAACAUGGCAACCUAUGAACCUCUCUAAGACUAUAGCUUUCAGGCAUUCAACCCCAAAGAUUUAACCUCUGGUGACUUGCACCCUUCCUCUUUAUCUUUAUUUUCUGUGGUUUCCAUAAUUAUAAAAUUAACCCUUCAACUCUCAAGAUCUGAUUGUUUAAUCUCCCUUCUAACUACUACACAAUUCCUUGCAAAUCAGUAACAAGAAUUUGCUUUUAGAUCAAGAUAACAACUUCUACCUGAUAAGUUUGAAUAUUUUUGCAUUACUUGUCAUCAUUAUUGCCAAUGCCAAAAAGUCAGGGAGGUUUUGCUUUGUUUUUGGGUUUUCACAUCAUUGUAGAUUAUAUCACAAUAUUAAAUUGUUUCAGAGGUUCAAGACUUUCCAGGAAGAGUACAGAGGCAAGUGUUUGAUGACAUCUUAGACAGGGAAGUUCAAAGAGGUAAGAUGAAAAGUCAUCUUAUGGUUAUCAGAAUUGAUAUCAGAUUUCUCCUGGUAUUAUUGAUACUGCCAACCAUUCUUAAAUUUAUCCACAGUACCUGGUAUCCUUCCAUUAUGAAUGUUUUGAAUAAGAAAUUGUGUUUUUCAGCAUUUUAACUGAAGCUGAUGUUAUUAAUUUUCAAUAUAAUGUGAUAAGUGAUGCUGCUUGUUUGCUGUUAUUCACUGAUCAAACUGUGUGGGAGAGUCUUGCCCAAGAACACUAGGACUUUACUCUCUCCAUCCAAUGUUCAAUUUUAGUUAAAUUUCAAUCCAAAAGUUAUCCAAUUUGUCUCUUCUUCUCAAUAUUUGGUCCAUUUCCCCUUCAGUUCUAGAGAUGGAAUCUCCUGUUAUCAACUGGAGUGAAGAAAUUACUGAACAGUUAGGAAGUAGGAUCUACCCCUUAUGGAAUCGUUCAGCUGGUGACUGCCUUCUAGACUCUGUUCUUCAAGCUUCGUAUGGUGUCUUUGACCGAGAUAACACUCUAAGACGAGCACUUUAUGACAGCUUAACAGAAGGAGGCUCAAGGUAAGAGAGAUGUCAUAAUUUUGGGCAAAGUUUUAACAUCUUUUCAUACAAACUUAUAAUCCAUUCACCCAUUGAAACCCAUUACUUGUAAAUUAUGGUUAAUUUCAUCUCAAAACUUGGAAAUGGAUGCUGUGCAAAUUUCUCAGAUAGUUGUGUAAUUUUUCUUCAGCAAUUUUACUAAAAUGAGGUGAAGGUAGCCAGGUGAAGAUUGCAGACUAUCCUGUGAUUUUGGCCAGCUUCAGGGUCUUACUGGUAGCUGUCAUUUGGAUAAACAUGGAUGCAGUUUUUUUGUUUAUUGAAUGGAGGCGUUUGAUGAAAACUGUCUCAAGGGAGAAGUUCCACUGAUUUUGAAAUUUCUUGGGUGGUGUUUUUUCUUCCAGGUUUUUCAGUAGGUACAAGGAGUGGGAAUCUAUGCAAGCAGAAACUCUUCAAUAUUCUCUAGAUGAAGAUCAGUGGGAACAGGACUGGGCCUCCAUUCUUAGUCUUGCUGGUCAGCCUGGAACUUCCUUAGAGCAGUCACAUGUAUUCGCUCUGGCACACAUUCUACGCCGACCUGUUAUCAUUUAUGGUGUGAAAUAUGUCAAGAGUUUCAGAGGAGAGGUGCUUGGGCUUGCUAGGUUUCAAGGUACUUUUCACUUGGUUUAUCAUGCCUUAACCCAACACAACUUAACAUCAGCAUGCAUAGACUGUAAUACCUACUAUUUUCUAAACAUUUCCUAAGGUAACAGCAAGGAGACUUUUUUUUAACAAUCAAGAACUUCCUUAUUUGCUUAUCCUUUCCUUUAUUCUCAUGACCUCAUUGUUUGAUAUUGGGUUGAUGGGUUGAUAUUGUAACGAUGAAUUAGAUGUUAGUAACUCUUAGGAGUCAAAGGGUUGAAUGUGUCUUACUGUCUGUCCUUUGAUAAUGUCCAUUUUCAGUAAAAUCUUUCAAAAUUGUGCAGCAUAGUCAACAUAUGAUAAAAGGAAAAUGUGCUUAUGAUGGUUCUUUUCAGUGGAUUAACGAUGAUUGUUAUUGACAAAACCUUUGAUUUUGAAGAAUACUUUGAAAAUGACUCGCCAGAUAUCUUUGGAUAUAUUAUCCCUUAGUAUUUUUGUCAUUUUUUAAAGGAUGUUACCUCUUUUGUUUGUUUUAGGAGUCUAUCUACCUGUUUUAUGGGAACAGACUUUCUGUUGGAAGAAUCCAUUAGUAUUAGGCUAUACAAGGGGACAUUUCUCUGCUUUGGUGGCAAUGGAAACUGAUAACUCUAAUGAACUUGGUGCAGGAGCCAAUGUGGAUAGUAUAGACAGUGUUCAUGUGACCUAUUUACCUCUGGUUGACUAUGAGGGCAAAUUGCUACCAGUUCACUUUUUGUCUGCAGAGGAGGUUGGUAUUUCCUCAUUACAAGGAUUUUUUAGAUGCUUUAUCUGGAUUAUGUAAAGAAGAUCAAGCCCUUCUGAAAGAUUUACCUACUUUGCUGUUGUAGCUUAUCCCAGUUUUUUUAAGCAUGAGGAGAGUAUCACAGAAGAGCAUUUUCUGUUGUAAUUACAGCAAUGAUGAUUGUUUACUGGGGUUUUUGACCCUUUACAACCUAACAACUCUAUCCAAAUUCUCCAUACUGCUCUCCAUACCUUUCCUAAGCUGCUGACGAGAAGAAUUUGUCCAACAAUCAUAUCUUCCUAAGUUGGUGAUUAUUUCCUUUAUUCUUGUGACCUUUAUGUGUGAUUCAAGGUUGAUAUUGUAAGGAGAAAUUAGAUAUUAGUCUAUCCUCUGGAUCUAAGGGUUAAGCUUAUUAAAAUAUAUCAUGUAAUCCUUGUCUUUACACUUUCAGAGGGGUAGUGAAGAGCGCCUGUUGCAUGAGUGGCUAGACUGUUGUGUGACAGAAGGUGGGGUCCUAGUGGCAAAGCAGAAGCUGACACCAAGACCUGCACUUGUCAACCAACUGAUUGAUGAUUGGUUAGAUCGCUACAGGAAACUAAACAAAACCAAAUGAUAAGGAUUUUGGGUUAGAACUAGAUACUUAAGAUACUAGCUAUGCCUUUGUGUGACACGGAUGUUCUGUGUUGACAUACGUAUUUUAGAUCAACUGCCAUAUUGGCCACAAGUUUUAAUCCUUGCCAUAAAUUUCUUGGUUUGUGAGGAGGAUCUCUAGGGAAAGCAGUUAGCAAAGUCAUUGAGAUGUUAAGACUUGUCUAGUCUCUCCUUUACAGAGGAAAAAUUGUGGCAACCGCAAGUGAAGCAGUAUGAAAUGAUAGACCUAUAUUCUGGAAUUUGCAGUUUUCAAAUUAUCAAACUCAGCUGUUUGUACUGAAACCUUGCUUCUCAGAUUCUGACCAUGAAGCUCAGCCAUACACCCUUCUUAUGAAGAGGUCCUGUUCACAGCCUUUUUGUCCUCUGUAUUGAUUUUCAAAAUUAACUAUUAUAAUACUUCAGAAAACUAAGGAAAACAGAGAUAGUACAAAAGAGUUGGCUUUGGUUCUAUGUGAGUGUUGAAUUUUUUUUUUUUAAUUGUGAGGGGAAACUUCAUGUAACAGUUUGCACUUGAUAACUUGCAGAUAUUCUUUUCACUGUGAUCACAUACCUUUUGGGAAUUCUUGUGUAUAAUCACAGCAAGUGUUAUAGACUAAAUGGUUUCCACAUUUUGAAUGUAGCUUUAUCACAUUUUAUAAAUGUGAAAUGAAAUAAAUUGGCUAACGAUCAUGUAAGAUGCUAGUUGCACAUAUAUUGUUUAUAUACUUAAUUUUAUUGCAGUCAUCUUAUAACAAAUUCAAGUGACAGAGGCACCAGCCAUUAUGUUAAAAUCUGUUUGAUAUCAGAGUGUUUCUUCGAUUACUGAAAUGGAGUGCUUCUGCUUUGGCUGUGUUAAUAAGUGUUAUCUUGUAUGGCACACUAAAUGUUCACAAAAUAUUUUUGUCCUUUUUUCCUGCUAAUAAUCCUAGGCAACCAUUUGAUACCAUUACAGUAUUCUAAUGUGGGAAGCAUGUUUAAUAAUUAGUUUCAAUUCAUACUGAGUAACAACACCUUUGAAAUUUGAGUUGUAAGUUUUGGGAAUAUGGAAAAGGUAUGACUCUCACCAAAUGGUCUUCAGUUUCAGACAAGCUCAUAACGCAUAUCUAUCCCAAAUCAAUAUGAUUUCAAAUAGGACUAAUUUGCAAGCCGCAAUUCAAUAAUAAGGACAUUUCAGCCAAAGGUUUAGUUCAUUUUCCAUAUUUGAACAUAGUAUUUACUCUAAUAAUGAUUAUUCAGAUGGGUCUAUGUUCAAAAUUACGUUUUGCUGUUUUUAACAUGGUCCAGUCUCCAAGAUUAAUGCAUACUGUAUUUAGGCUACAUUCAAAUCAAGCUUUAAAUGAACCAUUGGAAUUUCUACAUUUGAAUAUGCAAGAAUUUCAAGAAAACGAGUGUACAAAAAUAUUUUCAGUUAGGUUGCUUUAUAAAUUACCAAAUGUAUAUAGUUUUUGCUGCAGUAAACUCAUUAUUCUGCUUCUCUUGUUUUGUUAUUAAGAACUUUGAUUUGUUACGCAUGCUGUCUGCAUCAAAGCCCGCAUCGGCUGAGCUGUACCAGGAGGUCUUUGCUGGUGAACACCUCACUCCAAUAAACCACCUGCCAAUAUCUCUUUGAAGUUUCCCUCCUUGUCAUGUCCCUGUCUUGAGCCCAAAGCCUCUUUGAAACACCCCCUUCCCCUUUGAAAAAGAAGCACUUCCUCUAAACAAAAAUUCCAGUAUUGUGUUUAUCCACAUCCCUGCUAUAAUGAGGCUUUCUCUCUAAUAGACACUAGCCCCUUAGGACUUGAUGGGUGUACAUCAGCAAAAUUUUCCCAACUUAACUUUUAUUUUUAGUAUAAAUAAGCAAAUGAUUUAAAGUGCAACUAUGGAAUAAAUAGGCAGACACAAAUUUUAAGUUCUGAUGACCCUUUCUCCUCAAAGGUGACUGAGUAAUGUGAAACCACAAAAAAC